CUAAUCAGCCAUCAACUUUACAAGUUCAUCACCACACUCCAAAUAAAAAGGUUUAUCUAUCCGAUUUCUUAUACGAAAUAAAAAACAUAUGAUGAUUAACGAAGCAAUAACUUUUGUAUGAUUCAACUGGAUCCGAGACUCCUCUCCUCGUAUAUUAUUCCUCUUCCUAGUUAGUUCCUACCACAACAAUCAAACCUAUCUCAUAUUCUCCAUCACGUUCACGCUGCCUAUUGUCAUGGUCAUCUAUAACAUGCUCCCUACCACAAGCAAAGCAUGGUAACCAUAAACCAACUUCUUUCUUUCUUUAUUUUCCGCAAGGUUGGAAAUGGAACUCACAUUGUUUAGGGUGACAGGUAACCAAAUGCUUUUAAGGAUAACCAAUUAAUUGCCUUGCUAAUCAAACACCAAACCCACAUUGUUCAUUCAUCACCCUCCCUAAUUCUCUACCUCCCUUCAACAUCAUCAUUAUAAUGUGAUCUACUAACCACCCUUUCCCUUUUGUUUAUAUCUUUCUAAUUUUGCGCCUAAACUUGUGCCAUCAUCUACUCCCAUCUUCUACCAUCGCCAAUUUGCACGUUCACAAGCUGAUGCUUUAAGCUUUGGAUCUCAACCUACUCUAUUUUCUUUAUUCGGUUUAUAGGUCGCUAUUAAAAUGAUAAUGUAUUUGAAAAAAAAAAAUCAAACAGAAUCAUAGAUUAUUAAAUAAAUUUAACUUCACUAAGAUGAUGUUAAAAGAUGUCUCAAAUUUGUUGCUAUGGGGAGAACCAUACUUCUCCGGUGAUCUUAUUUGUAUUUUGUUUCCAGUUAAUUUGUAGCUAUGUUGUGUUGUUGGUCAGAUUUGCUAUCACCUUUUCAAAAAGAGGAAAUCGUUGAGAAACAUAGGGACAAAAGGGAUCACACAUCCCUUGAAUGAAGCGAAGAACAGAAGUCGAACCUCUUUAACAUUUGAGGCAACAAAAUCAAAGCAUGACAAGUCACACAAUGAGCCGCUCUGUUUCGAACUCUACCUAUUCAUAAAUCUGAUAAGCACUGAAGAGAACUGUGAGAAGGUGAAACCCCGGCCCGUGGAAAAUUUGGCUAUAGACAUCAGGCCCAAAGUUGACGGACUCAAUUGCGCAACUGAACCGUAGGCCCAAAAUUCACAAAUCGAAGUCCAUGAGCUAGGAGGUUACAAUAAACCCAAGAGAAAGUCCGAUUUCCCAAUGGGCCGUGCCGGUACAGAAAUCUCAGCGCUUCGUACUAAAAGCCAGCAGCAGUCGGCUACCGAUGGCGAAAGGAACAGCUAGCCAGCCUACAACGGAGCUACGAGACAAUGUUAAGCACCAAGGAAGACGGAGAACGGAAUCCCGCCGGAAAUUAGCGACGACACCUCACGAGUUUGAUCCCAUUUUUUACUGCACACUACCUGAAAACUACGUUAUAAUCCAGGCUGGUUCCUUGGUAAACAUCGACCCCCUAUGCAUUGCUCUUCCCUCCAGCCUUCUACAAAUACCCAUUACCACAAAAACAUUUUUACAAAGCAAUCCUCUCAUUCACCGCUUGCGAAGAAGCUAAGUACUACUAGCAACUUCCGAAGAAAACAUGGGUCAUCAUGACGAGAUCCACCAUGACGAUCACCACCACCACGAUGAUCACCAUCAUGAUCACCACAACGAAGCUCCUCCACCGGCAAUGUAUCCACCACCGGGUCACCAUGCAUACCCACCUCCUCCGGUUCCAGAAUGCCCGCCGAUGGGGCAUGCUUACCCACCACCGCAACAAACUCCUUACCCGCCCCCACCACCACCACAGGCGGCGCCCUGUUAUGCUCAUGAUCCACACGCUGCUGCACCGCCACCGGCUGGUUACCCGGUCGUGGUUGAGCAGCAUGGGCACGAGCAGCACCAGCAGCCUGCGGCUGCAGGCACCCAGAGCAAGGGUGAUGGCUUCUGGAAAGGAUGCGCUGCCGCGCUAUGCUGCUGCUUCGCCUUUGAGGUCUGCUGUGACUAAACAACACUCUGCAGUGCAACUACGACUACCAUUCAAUCUCAGUUGUUCUAUUGUUCAAUGAAAGCAUAUGAUACAA